AUGAACAAAUUACAACCAACACUGAAACAGCUGAAACGUUUUCCAAAGCCCGUGGCCCUGCCCUCGACAUACCUCAACGCCAGAGUGAUAAAGGAUCACUUCAAGCGUCAGAUGUUCGCCGAGAACGAGGUCACAACCAGAGCUUUGAAGUUUAUUGCAAGAAAUACAGCUCUGCCCCCAAGAGCCAGAUUGGAGGCCCAGGUGCAGCUGACGUCGAUGCCAAACUACACCAGAUUCACACAGGUGAGAGACAGAUGUGUGGACUCUGGAAGAGGCAAGGGUAUUUUGAGCGAUUUUAGACUUUGCAGAGCACGCAAGGGUCUUCUGACGGGAGUGACGAAGGGUCAGUGGUGA